AUUCUUCUUGACCUUCGUUUGACAUGGUGUCUGAUUGAUUGAUUGAUUGAUUGAUUUGAAACUUGGGAUAAAUUUCAAAGAUGAAUAAUCAAGAAAAGGAGCUUGAAACUGGCUGGUUAUAUUAUUUCAUUUUCAACAAUUAAUUUUUCAACACUCUGACGUGGAGCUUUUUUGUCCACCUGCGCACGACCUGUAUUUUUUGGGAUUUUUCCAAAUUAAGACAAAUCGAAUCAAAUGCAAAUUUAAACGGUAGAUCUUACAAUAGGAUUUGAUUGAAACACGGUGGGAGAAGAUAAUGUUUAAAGCUAGUGUUGUGAGGUUUGCACCUUUAUUCAAAUAUGGUAGUUCAGUACAACCUAUAAUUAGAAAUAAAGUUUUGAUUUUACUGAGUGUAAGAUCAAUUUCAUCAAGUCAUAGUUUAAAAUUUUUCAAUAAUAAACCUUCAUCAAAGGAAGUGUCAGCUGAACAAGCUGAAACCAUUAAGAAAUUUGGAGAGACCCUUAAGAACAAUCCCGAAAUAUUUGGUUUAAUUGAAGGAUUUAAGGAUUUAUUAGAAAGAAAAGGCAUUCAAACUGGUGGCAAACCUCCAUCCAUGACUCAAAUGAUGAGAAUUAUUGCUGAUAAAGAAUUUAGAGAUCAUUUAUCUAAAUUGAAAGAUGCUUUAGAAGCAGCUAAUAUUAAUAUUAAACAAGAAGAUUUGGGUACAUUAACUGAAUUCUUCAUGUCACAAAGUAAGAUUAAAAAUUAGAUUGACAUA